GUGUGACGAUGUAAACUAAAAGUGGACCUUCUCGGAUCCUUACGAAAGCUAAAUUUCUAUGGCAACAAAAGACGCUGUUCCAAAGAACUUCAUUUGAAUUCAAACCACACAGUGUAACAACUACAGAUGACCUCUUGACCCCGUUGGCAGGAAGCUAGUCAGACCAUGGCCGCUGGUGCUGCAGUCAGGGAGGGUCAGAUCCAGCGGAUUAUCAGAGAUCUGCAUGAUGCUGUAUCAGAACUGACAAAGGAGUAUAAGGAGAACGGCGAGCCCAUUACAGAUGACAGCUCCAAUCUGCACAAGUUCUCCUACAAACUGGAGUACCUGCUUCAGUUCGACCAGAAGGAGAAAACAACAUUUCUGGGAUCCAGAAAAGACUACUGGGAUUAUUUCAGUGACUGCCUGGCCAAAAUCAAAGGAGCAAAUGAUGGAAUCCGCUUUGUUAAAUCAAUUCCAGAGCUGAAGACCUCUCUGGGUAAAGGCAGAGCAUUUAUCCGUUACUCGCUCGUGCAUCAGCGGCUGGCUGACACACUCCAGCAGUGCCUCAUGAACCACAGAGUCACCAGUGACUGGUAUAAUUCCCGGAGUCCAUUUCUCAAACCCCAUCUCAGUGUGGACAUCAUUAAUUACCUCUAUGAGCUGAAUGAUGUUCAAUUUGAUGUGGCAUCCAGGGGUCAUGACCUUGACUCAGAAUGGCCCACUUUUGCAAGGAGGACACUGGGAAUGACUAGCUCCCCCAGUCACACUUGGAAACCACCGAGUCGUAGUUCCAGCAUCAACAGUCUAGCCAGCACAUACUCACAGCAGGCCCAUGAGUUCCCUGGGAGUCCAGACUUUGGACCUGGGUUUCUAUCAGACAUGUCUGUCCAAAACUCCAGUGGACUGAAUGAUUCUUCCAUCAGUGCUAUAGAUGAGCUCCGUCUGGAGCUGGACCAGUCUGAAUUAAAGCAAAGAGAUCUCCUCAACCAGGUUCAGCAGUUAGGCAGCGAAGCGGGUGAACUCCGCAGGGUUGUGGUAGAACUCCAAAGGCAGCUGGACAUCUCUCUAGCUGCCCAAGGUAACCAUCAGGAGCUCCAGCGGAACCUGGAGGUGCUAGCUGAGAGCGAACGAGUACUCUCCCGUGAGCUGGAGGUCUUGAGGGGACACGGGACUGUCAGGGAGGCCUCCUAUAAGGACCUCCAAGACAUGUUGGCAGCCGCAGAGUGUAAAAAUGAGGAAUUGAUGGCAAGACUAGAUGGAGUAUUGGAUGAGAAAGGCCAGAGGGUGGCCAGUGACUUCAACUCUGCCCAAAAGAUUCACGAGCUUUUAAAUGAAUUGAAAGAGGCUGAGAAGGGAAGGAUAGAUGCUCUGGCAGAAGGAGAAGAAAGGAGGAGGCAGGCAGAACAGCUGGCUGAGCAAGUCAGAAUGAAGGAUGAAGCACUCAAGGAGGCUGAAAUAAAAAUGACAGCUUGGAUGGUGAAGUGUGAGCAACUGCAAACGAGGGCGGAAGAGCACCGUAAUGUCAUGGACAAACUUCAAGGGGCACUUGCAGUGCGAGAGAAGGAGACCAGCAAUCUGCAGAAGCAACUGCAAGAUCUCCAGCACUCUCUGGAAAAUAUGGAAAAGCAGGCCAAAGUGGAUCGGAAGGAAAUGCAAGAGGAUAAAGAAGAGCUUGAGAAGAAGAUGAGUGGUCUGGAAGAGCAGUUGCAAACAUUGCGGACACAGCUGAAGGCUAAGGAAUCCAAUCUUCUCUCCACUACCAAGAGAGUCCAGUUUUUGGAGAAGGAAUCAGAGAAGCUUAAAAGUGACAAACAGAGUCUGAGAGAAACCAUGUCUGAACUGGAGAACAGCACCAAAGAGCAGGCCAAAAGGAUUGGAGAAUACAAAGACAUCUGUGCCAAGCUAAUGGAGGAAAACAGUAAGCUCCUCCAGAUGGGGAAAAAGAAUGAAGAAACCAAGAAGGAGUUGAUUGAAAACAAAUCUUCCCUGGAGAGUGAGCUGGCCGGAUUGAAGGCCUCGGAGAAGCAGUUGCGAGCACAAAUUGAUGAUGCCAAAGUUACUGUGGAUGAACGAGAGCAGCGGCUCAGAGAGGAGAACAGAAGUCUGGAUGAAAGUCUGCAUAAGGCCAACAUGCAGUUGGAGGAAUUCGAAAGUUCAGUUCGCCAAUUGAAACUGGAGAACAAGGACCUCAUGGAGGUUCAGGUCACUCUUAAAGCAUCUCUCGCAGCCAUGCAGGAAGAGAUACGCAACAUCAACAGCCAGAUUGCUGAACUUGAGAAGAGUCUUGGAGCUGCGAGAUGCGAUGAGGCAAACCUGACAGCACAGCUUAAAGAUAAGGAUUCCCAGCUUGAGGAUCGGGAGAAGCUCUGUGAGGAGCUCCAGGGAAGGGUGGAAGAACUUGAAGGUCGUGAAAGGGAUUUGGAAGUGGAGAAGACGAAGGUAGAAAGAGCCUUUGCUAAACAAACAGAGAUGAUUAAGAGUCUGGAUGCCCAGAGGAAGGCUGCAGAGGAGGUCCAACUUGAGCAGAGUGCAUACCAGGCUAAAGAAACCCAAGAGAUGGUCUCAAAAGUGACUGUCCUGGAAGAUCAGCUGGGACUGAAUGUGAAAGAGGUGUCUAGGCUUCAAGAGGAGGUGCUCAAUCUCAGGGCUAAACUCCACAGUGCCGUGGAGAAAAAGGACAAGACCCAUGCAAAGCUGGAGGUCACCGAGGCUUCCUGUGCAGAACUACGAACCUUGACUGAGCAGUUGAAAAAGCAGGCAGAGGAGCAGAAUCGACUGCAUGUGAAAGAGCUGCUGCAGUCUAGCGAACAGGUAGAUGCCAUAACUUUGCAACUGAAUCAGGAGACGUCCACAUGCAAGAAAACAACUGCCGAACUCACUUCAGCCCAAGAGGAGCUAGCAGAGCUCAAGGCCCAGAAUGAAAGGUUGGUUUUAGAGAAUGCCGAGACCAGAGAGGGUCUCCAUCGGGUCAACACAGAAAUGGCAGAGUUGGGAAUGACAAUUUGCAAGCUCACCGCAGAGCGGGAAGAAGCCAGGGAACAAUGGGCUGCUGAAGCUGCUCGGAUCCAAGAACUUCAACAGCAGGGAGUGAAGGAAACAGAGCGACUUAAUGCCAGCUUGGUGGCUCUUCACCAAGAAAACUCUAGUCUACGAGAAGAGCUCCAGCAGACGGAGAAACUUUCAGAAACCGUGCUGGAGCUAAAAGAGCUGCUGGACAAAACUGAGGGUGAACGGGACACUGUUCGAGAAGAGAUCACCGCAGUGAAAUUUCAGAUGAGCACAGAGAGCAUGACUCUCAAAAACCAGAUAAAGAGUCUUAAUGAAGAUAUUGAGGGCUUGCGAACACAGCUAGACGUGGAGUUGAAGAAGUCAUCUGAGCUGGAGGCCAAAUUAUCAGAGAUACAGGCAGUAAAUAUUGAAUGCUCUCGUCUGAUUGAGGAGAAAGACUCUCACAUCACUGACUGUGAGACUCGGAUGCGUGAGAGAGAGUGUGAGACGCAGCAACUGCAGGAAAGUGUAUCAAGUACCAAAGAGGCUCUUAUUGAAGUACAGAAAGAGAGGAAAAACCUACAGCAGAAGUUGGAUCAGGUGUUGACUGAGGCUCAGAAUCAGCAACUUCAGAUGUCUGCUGAGCUGGAGGAUCUGGGCCAAACCAAAGUAAAUCUGGAGGAACGGCUCAUCGAGCUUAUUAGGGAUAAGGAUGCUCUGUGGCAGAAAUCGGAUGCUCUGGAGUUCGAGCAGAAGCUGAGAGCGGAGGAGCAGUGGUGGCUUGUAGAUAAAGAGGCCACACAUUGUCUGGGCUGCCAGGGCCAGUUCACAUGGUGGCUGCGGCGCCAUCACUGCAGGUUGUGUGGCCGUAUCUUCUGUUACUACUGCAGCAAUAAUUAUGUGAUGACAAAAAACUCAAAGAAGGAGCGCUGCUGUCGAGAGUGCUACACACAGCACAGUGCUGUGGUGGAAAGAUUUACAAAGGCUGAACUCAACAGCUCUUCAGAGGAUCAACCACCACCUCAUGCAAACGCUGCCAGUCAACCACCACCACCUUAUAUUCCCACACCAAGAGUUACAGUUACAGAUCCUGGUGAGAAACCGGAUGAUGGAGCAUUUGACAUUAUAACGGAGGAGGAAGUGAAUGAGAUCUAUGACAGCGACUCGCGCACCACCACUGGGUCACAGGAGGAAGAAGGAGAUGGAGGGCAAACUGGAGACCUCAUAUCGAGUGACGUGACCCCUGAUGAACAGGAAGAGAUGGUCCCUGCUGUACAGGAUGCAGAAAUCACCCUCCUUAAGUCAGGAGAACUCACUGCCUCUGUGCCUCUGGAUAUAGACGAGAUUCCUCAUUUUGGCGAUGGCUCCCGUGAGCUGUUUGUCAAGUCCAGUUGCUAUAGCACCAUUCCCAUCACUGUGGGCGACUGCGGGCCCAUCAUCAGCUGGGUUUUCUCUUCCGAGCCCAAGAGCAUCUCCUUCACUGUGGUGUACAGAGAGACACUUGACACACCUGUUGAGCAGGCCAAGGUUCUGAUUCCUCUCACACGCUGUAACUCGCACAAAGAGACCAUACAGGGCCAACUGAAAGUCCGCAAUCCGGGAGUCUAUACGCUCAUCUUUGAUAACUCGUUUUCCAGAUUUCUCUCCAAGAGGGUCAACUACCAACUGACCAUUGAGAAGCCCAUCAUCUAUGAUGGAAGUGACUUCCCUUAAAUGUGGCUUUGUGGUGUGUAGCGUCCUUGUGUGAACUUGAUGUGUUUUAUUUUUAUCCUUAGUCAUCUCAGACCUGUUCCUGUGUGCCAAGGAUUUCUGUUUUAGAAUUUUAUGGGUUAGUAUAGUAUUAGUUGUUAUGUUUUAUUGCUGAUAGCAUUAAGGUUAUCUGUGGUGACUUGAGUUAAGUGUUAUGAAGGGGUUUCUACGGCACUUUCUACAGAACUUAUUGGAAGAGGAUUAUUUGCUUUUGAUGAAUCUUUUUUUUUUUUGUGUGUGUGUUUUAUUUUCCUUGUGGAUUCAGUAUUUUAAAAUGAUUUUACAAACACUACAGAUGAAUUUAAAGCACCAGUGAUUCAGGACAGUUGAAACUCACAUGGGUAAAUAUGCAAAGAAAGUGAGACAAUCGCAAAUUAAGCUUUAAAAAAUUAUUUACCCAAAAUUGAAAAACAAAAUGCUGAAAAUGUGCUCACCUUCAGGCCAUCUAAGACGUAGAUACAUUUGUUUCUUCUGCAGAAAAGAUUUGGAGAAAUUUAGCAUCACUUGCUCACCAGUGGGUCCUUUAAAGUGAAUGGGUGCCGUCAGAAUAAGAGUCCAAACAGCUGAUGAAAACAAACCAAUAAUCCACAAGACACCAGUUCAUUAGUUAACUUUUUGUGAAAUUAAAAGUUAUAAUUAUUUAAUUUGCUUCUGGACAAAAUAAUUUGUCUAGAAGCAACAAAUGAAGUUAAAACCUCUUAAUGAUGGAUUUGUUUCUUACAAGAAUGCAGCUUUUCAACUGACAAGAUGUUAAUUGAUGGACUGGAGUGGUGUGGAUUACUUGUGGAUUAUUGUGAUGUUUUUAUCAGCUGUUUGGACGCUCAUUCUGACGGCACCCAUUCACUGAGUGACAUAAUGCUACAUUUCUCCAAAUCUGUUCUGAUGAAGUUGCAAACUCUUCUACAUCCAUCUUGAGUGGCCUAAGGGUGAGUACAUUUUUAGCAAAUUUUAAAUUUUGGGUGAAUUAUUCCUUUAAAAAGUAUCACACUACACUUCCACUACAGAUGUCCAAAAAAAUACUAUAUUCUCAGAGCUUUUGGUAUUUUGGCGUAUUUUUUAAGAAAUUUCAUACACUGUACAACUAUAGUUCAUAAAAGCAAUAAGCGUCUCAUGUUUAGAUGCGUUUAAAACACUAGUUUAUUUUUUAUUUUUUUUACUCAAAGCUGGAUGCUAAGAUAUUGUGUUAUGACAGAGUCCUGUAAAAGUAUAUCAGUUUUAUUUUAUUAUUUUUUUGUUUUUACUUUUUGUAGUCUCCACCAACUAGGUCAAAUUGUCACUGGUAAGACAGCAGUAGAUCUAUUUAACUACUCACUAUUCUUGGGUCAGCUAUAUUGUUUUAUGUUCACCAUUUAUAAAUACAUAAAUGACACUUUUUUUUAUUUAGUCAACUCCAUGCAGUAAUUUUUGCGUAUAGUACAUUGAAUAAAAUGGCACAUUUAUAGUCAUUUAACUCUUGCACAGAGUAUAUUUUUGCAAAUAUAAGGCUGUCAGUUUUUUGAUCUGAUAAAAUUGGUUUACUGAUGCUCAGAUACAUAAUAUUUUUUGACAUGUUCAAUUUUAAUGCCUCCUUUCUGUAUAUGCAUCACUGAAUCCUUAUCCUGGUAGAUCAUAAAACCUUAGUAAUUUGAACACUAAGGCUCUUAAAUAUGCGUUUAAUGAACUGUCAUUAAACACUUUGUUUUUUUGUAUUUUAAUGCAACAACUAAAGCAAAUAUGCAAGACACGCAUGUUUAUUCGGGUGUACGGUUCACAUAAUUUUCCAGGUGACAAAGCUGAACUAGACUGCUGCUCUUAAGACUAUCCGUUUAUAUAUUUAUAUCUCAAGCUCCUUUUUGAACUAUGUGCAAUUUUAAAUAUUUUCCUAAUUGGACUUGUUCUUUUACAAGAGUUUUUAAAUGGUAUUUUAAAUAAAUUGAUACUUUAAGUACUUUUUAAAAGCGGUUGUUCAGGAAAUCGUGAAUACUUAAUGAAUGUCACUGAAUUCAAUGAUUUCUGUGAAUCUAUGCAAUCACAGCACAAUGUUUACAAAUUGCAGAACCCUUUAAGUGUAAUAAAGUU